AGUGUGGAAGAGAAGAGCGCAGAGCAACGUGCAGUACGAUGCGGGGGUUUCUCAACUCCGCGCCACUCGUCUCUUCUGAAGGAUAGGCUUUACCUAUCCCUUUGUAAAUUAUAUUUUUGUAGGAUUUUUAUACUUUUUUUCAUCCAAGACUUGUCUCCGGACCAAUAAUUAGCAUUCUGAUCGGAAUCUGUCUCAACUAAAUGCCCGUGGCGUAGCGAAAUAGAGGCACUUUGAGUGAAGGACGCGUUGAUUUACUUACAAUCAUUCAACAGAUAAAAACCAUCCGCGGUUCAAAGUUGAUCUGGAUAUCUGCUUGCCUGGAUAGAACGCAACCAUGGCGGAUGCUGCAGCCGAAUACGGCGUGAAAGUAAUGUGCCGAUUCAGGCCACUAAAUGAAUCCGAAAUAACAAGAGGAGACAAAUACAUCCCCAAAUUCAAAGAAGACGACACCGUGGUUAUAACUGGUAAACCGUAUGUCUUUGACCGCGUCCUGCCUCCCAAUACAGCCCAGGAGCAGGUCUACGAUGCCUGUGCCAAACAGAUUGUUAAAGACGUCCUUGGAGGAUACAAUGGAACCAUCUUUGCCUAUGGACAGACCUCCUCGGGGAAGACCCACACCAUGGAGGGCAAGCUCCACGACCCCCAGCUAAUGGGCAUCAUCCCACGCAUCGCUCACGACAUCUUCGAUCACAUCUACUCCAUGGACGAGAACCUCGAGUUCCACAUCAAGGUCUCGUAUUUUGAGAUCUACCUGGACAAGAUCCGAGACUUACUAGAUGUGUCGAAGACCAACCUGGCUGUGCAUGAGGACAAGAACAGAGUUCCCUAUGUCAAGGGUUGUACAGAACGCUUUGUGUCCAGUCCAGAGGAAGUCAUGGAUGUCAUCGAUGAGGGAAAGGCCAACCGGCACGUGGCUGUGACAAACAUGAAUGAGCACAGUUCCAGAAGCCACAGCAUCUUCCUGAUCAACAUCAAACAAGAGAAUGUGGAAACAGAGAAGAAACUGUCAGGGAAGUUAUACCUGGUGGAUCUGGCUGGGAGUGAGAAGGUCAGUAAGACAGGUGCUGAAGGAGCCGUGUUGGACGAAGCUAAAAAUAUCAAUAAGUCCCUCUCUGCUCUGGGGAAUGUCAUCUCUGCUCUGGCUGAGGGGACAAAAACCCACGUCCCGUACAGGGACAGCAAGAUGACCCGUAUCCUGCAGGACUCUCUAGGGGGGAACUGUAGGACCACCAUCAUCAUCUGUGCAUCUCCCUCCAUCUACAACGAGUGUGAGACCAAGUCUACCCUCAUGUUCGGACAGAGAGCCAAGACCAUCAAGAACACAGUGUCUGUGAACCUGGAGCUGACUGCUGAGGAGUGGAAGAACAAGUACAACAAGGAGAAAGACAAGAACAAGAGUCUGAAGAACGUUAUCCACAGGCUGGAGAUGGAGCUCAACCGCUGGAGGAACGGUGAGAACGUCCCUGAGGAGGAGCAGCUGAGUGCUAAGGAGCAGAAGCACCUGGAGCCGUGUGACAACACUCCCAUCAUAGAUAACAUGGCUCCAGCUAACGGACUGGUUCUGGUCUCCACCGAGGAGAAGAGCAAGUACGAGGAGGACAUCAGCAAUCUGUACAAACAACUGGACGACAAGGAUGAUGAGAUCAACCAGCAGAGCCAGCUGGCUGAGAAACUCAAGGAACAGAUGUUAGACCAGGAUGAGCUGCUGGCGUCGACGAGAAGGGACUAUGAGAAGAUCCAUGAGGAUCUGUCUCGUCUGCAGACGGAGAACGAGGCUGCCAAGGAGGAGGUGAAGGAGGUGCUGCAGGCGUUGGAGGAGCUGGCUGUGAACUACGACCAGAAGAGCCAGGAGGUGGAGGACAGGAGCCAGGCCAACCAACAGCUGCAGGAGGAGCUGCAGCAGAGGACUACGGUCCUGUUGUCAGUCCAGAUGGAGCUGAACUCGCUCCAGGAGCUCAGUGGACACCAGAAGAAGAGAGCCGCAGAGAUCCUCCACCUGCUGCUCAGAGAGCUCAGUGAGAUAGGAGCCACCAUGGGCACCGGCGACAUCAAGGUGAUGGCUGAGGGGAACGGUAACGGUGGAGUGAUUGAGGAAGAGAUUGAGGAAGAGUUCACCAUGACCCGUCUCUACAUCAGUAAGAUGAGGUCAGAGGUCAAGUCUCUGGUGAACCGCUCCAAGCAGCUGGAAAACUCCCAGGGUGACACCUCACGCAAGAUGGCCGCCAACGAGAAGGAGCUGGCUUCCUGUCAGCUGCUCAUCUCCCAGCACCAGGCCAAGAUCAAGUCCCUGACAGACUACAUGCAGAACAUGGAACAGAAGAAGAGACAGCUGGAGGAGAGUCAGGACGCUCUGACUGAGGAGCUGGCCAAGAUGCACGCCCAGGAGAAAAUGCACGAGGUGUCAGUGGUGGACACGGAGAAGGAGCACGUCAGUAGACUGGAGGGUGAAGAGGAGGUUAAGAAGACUCUAGAACAGCAGAUGGAGGCUCACAGAGAGGCCCACCAGAAGCAGCUGGCCCGACUCAGGGACGAGAUCGAUGACAAACAGAGGACGCUGGAUGAACUCACAGAUCUGAACCAGGGCCUGAUGCUGGAGCAGAGGAGGCUGAUGUCUGACCAUGAGAAGCUGAAGGUGGAGGAACAGGAGAAGGACAUGAAGCUCCAGAAGCUGGUCAUCUUCAACGAGCAGAGGGAGCAGGCCAGACAGGACCUCAAGGGACUGGAGGAGACUGUGGCCAAAGAGCUGCAGACUCUUCAUAACCUACGCAGACUCUUUGUUCAAGACCUCACCACACGCGUCAAGAAGAGUGCAGAGCUGGACUGUGAGGAUGGAGUGGGCAGCGCCGCCCAGAAACAGAAGAUCUCCUUCCUGGAGAAUAACCUGGAGCAACUCACUAAAGUCCACAAGCAGUUGGUGCGUGACAACGCGGACCUGCGCUGCGAGCUUCCCAAGCUGGAGAAGCGCCUGCGGGCCACGGCCGAGCGGGUGAAGGCCCUGGAGAAUGCCCUGAAGGAUGCCAAGGAGAACGCUAUGAGGGACAGGAAACGCUACCAGCUAGAGGUGGACCGCAUCAAGGAGGUCGUCAGGGCCAAGAACAUGGCCAGGAGAGGAAACUCCGCUCAGAUCGCUAAGCCCAUCCGGCCAGGCCAACACCCCCUGUCUUCCCCUACAGUCAUCAGAGGAGGAGGCCUCUACAGCCACAGCUACAACCUCAGCACCAAGUAACCAUGUACAAUCUAGACCCUGAGUCACAAGUGCAUGUGUGGUAGGUACAGACUGUCCCAUUCCCAGUAAGACCCCUCUACCCUCAUCCUCCUGUCCUUCCUCUGGGUCUAGGAGUAAGACCCCUCUGCCCUCAUCCUCCUGUCCUUCCUCUGGGUCUAGGAGUAAGACCCCUCUGCCCUCAUCCUGUCCUUCCUCUAGGUCUAGGAGUAAGACCCCUCUGCCCUCAUCCUCCUGUCCUUCCUCUGGGUCUAGGAGUAAGACCCCUCUGCCCUCAUCCUCCUGUCCUUCCUCUGGGUCUAGGAGUAAGACCCCUCUGCCCUCAUCCUCCUGUCCUUCCUCUGGGUCUAGGAGUAAGACCCCUCUGCCCUCAUCCUCCUGUCCUGUCCUUCCUCUGGGUCUAGGAGUAAGACCCCUCUGCCCUCAUCUUCCUGUCCUUCCUCUGGGUCUAGGAGUAAGACCCCUCUGCCCUCAUCCUCCUGUCCUUCCUCUGGGUCUAGGAGUAAGACCCCUCUGCCCUCAUCCUCCUGUCCUUCCUCUGGGUCUAGGAGUAAGACCCCUCUGUCCUCAUCCUCCUGUCCUGUCCUUCCUCUGGGUCUAGGAGUAAGACCCCUCUGCCCUCAUCCUCCUGUCCUGUCCUUCCUCUGGGUCUAGGAGUAAGACCCCUCUGCCCUCAUCCUCCUGUCCUGUCCUUCCUCUGGGUCUAGGAGUAAGACCCCUCUGCCCUCAUCCUCCUGUCCUUCCUCUGGGUCUAGGAGUAAGACCCCUCUGCCCUCAUCCUCCUGUCC